CUUCUCCUGCCUCCCUGAGAAAGCUGAGGCUGAGCUGCUGAACCUGAUCCUGAACAUUCUUUUGGAAUUCCUCACCAUACAGAUUAGAUAAGGGUUUAUGUUUUUUUCAUCAGAAACUAACUUCAAUUUAUGAAGAAUUCCUUGUUCAGUGCACAAGUCCAGCUUUUUCCAAGAUUUCAGCUUUGCAAUUAAGUUGGAGUUGACCUUUGCCCUCGGAAAAACGGCUGGUCAACAGAAGCCUCAAGGUAGACGUUAGCAAGAAAGGUUCUUGCUGGGAUUCACCCCUAGAAAAGCCCAAAGGAGAACGAUGGCAAUUCAUUUCAGGAUGAAGCUGCAAGAACGAAGGAAUACAUUUAACACCAACAAAUGCUGUCCACUGACCAACAGACACAGGAAGAGUCUUCUCCCAAGUGCAGCUCCUGCGACGGGAGUCUGGCUCCUUGGGGCGCAGCUCCCACUCCUGCUGCUGUUCGCUGGCCUGCAGAGACCCACGGCAGCAAUUAAAAUCAACUUGGACUUGGCCCCAGGCUCCUUUGAUGAUCAAUACCACGGCUGCCACCAACAGGUCAUGGAGGAGCUAAAUCAAGGGGAUUACUUCACAAAAGAACUAGAAGCCUAUAGGAAUUAUUUCAGGAUCUGGCAAAAUGCCCACUUGAACUGGCUGAACCAAGCUAAAGCUCUCCCUAAGAACAUGACGAUCACACAUGCUGUGGCCAUCUUGGUCUACACAUUAAACGACAAAUUUCGCUCUGACUUCACUAGAGCCAUGGCCAGCACUGCCCAGUGUCCACAAGAGUAUAAACGUUCAUUCCAUUUCAAAUACCUACAUUACUACUUGACCUCUGCAAUCCAGCUGCUGAGGAAAGGGGCUGUCAUGAGAAAUGACUCUCAGUGUUACGAGGUGUAUCACGAGGCUGAUUUCUACUUGGAAGCCAAGCUAGGUGACACCCUUCGAUUUGGCCAAUUCCUCUCCACCUCCCUCCUGAGAAAAGAGGCGCCGAAGUUUGGGAACCAAACUCUAUUUACUAUAUUUACCUGCCUGGGUGCAUCUGUACAAGACUUCUCUCUCAAGGAGGAGGUCCUGGUCCCUCCCUAUGAGUUGUUCAAAGUUGUAAAUAUGAGCUACCAUCCAAGAGGAAAUUGGUUGCAAUUGUGGUCAACUGGACAUCAGAGCGCAUGUAACUGUGAGCUGCUAAAAGCUUCCAGCAAAAAGUGCAUGCCAGCUCCUGCCGUUAUUGCUGCUCUCUCCUUUUUGAUCAGUGUUAUUAUCUUUUCCAAAAGUGAAGUAUAGAGGAACCUUGUCAUUUUGUUUUUCCUGAACCCUUUUGUUUUAUUCCAGUCAAGGAACCCUGUAUAUCCUUAGGAAAUCACUCUGCCCCUCCUCCCACAUCAACUGAUGCAGAGCGGGCUCAGGCCAUUGCCUAUGAGUGGGCCUGUAACUCAGUAUGUUUCUUCUCCAUGGCCACAGAGAUCCAUGAUGGAGUAGAAAAUGACCCAAUCAGAGUUUAUGAGAUAAAAUCAGGGUACUUUCGCUCUGGCCAGUUUGGCUCAGCAUUGGAGCGUCAGCCUGCAGACCAGAGAGUCCUGGGUUCAGUUUCUGCCAGGGGCAUGUACCAAAAGAAAAAAAAUUGGCACUGGGAUUUGGAAUGAGGUGGUGCUUUCUUUUUAUUUUUUAGUAGAGAUUAAUUAAAAGAGAGUACGAUCCUAGAGCUGCUAGCAGCUAUCUUGUCUCCAGGAAAGGAGGCCCUACCUCCCUGAGAAUGGAACUAACACAGUAAAGGAAGAGCUAAGAAAUGAAAAAAAAAAAAAAACAACUGUGUCUGGAUGAGCGUGUACAAGCCCCUAGAUCCAACUGUGCCUGAAACUGCAUACUGCUGGCUUUUU